UCCUUUAAGAUGAAAAGGCUGAAAAUGUUUCCCAUUUUCUCUCCCUCUCAGUUUAUCCCAGGUUAGCUAUUUGCCCCUUUAUCCCCUCCCUCUGCCCAUAUUCGCCAUAAAUCCCCGCAUUUCCUUCCCAGCUUGACUUUUGACAUUACCUCCAUGGAAGCAUUACUCACCCACCCUCCACGCACACCCUCCUCUGGCUUCUCCCUCCUUCUUCCCUCUUGCUGAGUUUAUAAGUCAGAAAGUGCAACAGUUGGCUCACUGAACAGAGCUUUACACAAAAGGGACUGGGUUGAAGAAGGAGAGCAGCUGGAGGGAAUCUGCUCCACUCAUUGUUUUCAAAUUUGUAGGGGGGAAAAAAAGUUUAAUAUAGACUAUAUCUAAGAAGAGAAAUUAGAGCCUUACAAUGCAUGUGUUGAGGAUCUGGGGCGCGCUGUGCGUGCUGGGCGCCGCCGGUUCAUCCUUGUGUGUGAGUGAGGUUGAGUACGACGACGGCGUUGCAGACGGCUAUGGCAACGAGAUCUCUGAGGACCAGCAGCAGGAAGAGUCUCCGGACGCAUCGUACCAAGCAGGUUUCUCCCGCUGGGACAAGCUCUUUAUCGCCCUGGAGGACUCCCAUAUGAGGCAGAGCAUGCUGCUGGAGACGGUGGAGCAGUGCUGCGGAGGAAUGGUCUCUCUGAGGAGCCAGCUGGAUAAGCUCCUCAGGGGGGCGUCGCAGCAGGGUGUGCCCGGCCUGGCGUCAGCAUGUCGGGCACAGGCGGAACAGGAGGCUCUCGGGCUGCACCACCGCCUGGCACAGCUCCGCCAGGAUGGAGCGGACAUGGAGAGGAGGAUGAACGCCACCCUGCAGACGAUCCUGCACAGCAGACGCGAGGACGACGCUCGACUGAAUCGCCUCGAGGAGGCGGUGUCAGAAAACGGCAGAAGCAGACACGGGCCAACCCAGAGACCCGGAGGCUUGGCCAGAACUUUUGGCCGGGGGACGAAGGCAUUCCCAUCCGAGCAGGAGGAACCCGAAGUGUCCUCGCAGGUGGACCUGGACAUGAUAAAAGGCUCUCUGGUCGCCAUAGCAGGAGACGUGCAGAGGGUUUACCUUCAGCUGAGCAUGGUGAUCGAGCAGGCGGGAACACUGAGGAAGGGCAGAGGAGACACAUGAACUGCCUGCAAACUGAUAUGCACAGGAAAAACAAAACUGGGAUUUUGCACACUCUUUUUUUUCAUAUAUAUAAGUUUAAUGGGUUGUUUUAUUAUAUAUGAGCUUGUAUUUUUCUGUCGAGAACAACCCUAAUGCACCAUUAAGAACCAUGUGGGUUUGCUAUAAUGAAUAAAAAUGUAUUAACCGAC